UUUUUUUUUUCUAUCCCUUCUUUUUAACAUAAUAAUAAUAUACCACAUAAUUCUCUAAAUGAUUAGAUCAGGAACACAACAGAAGCCAUUUAGCCCAAUUCGAAGAAAGACUUCACAUGAUAAUACAUCAGAUAGCAACAACACUAAAGGAACUACUAUAAAAACUUAUGACAAUAAAACCAGAUUGGAUUCACAUCGUUCAUCAACUAGAAAUGGAACAAAACGAUCAAUAUUAACAAGAGGAUAUACUCAACCAUCAACAACUAAUGCUAAUGUAAUCAAUCGUAAACGUACUAUAUUAUCUGAUUCUUCAAAUCGACCUAUUAAACAAUGGACGCUAGAUGAUUUUGAAGUUGGCAAAGCGCUUGGAAAAGGUAACUUUGGCCAUGUUUAUCUUGCGAGAGAAAAAGAAAGUGGAUUUAUUGUGGCACUGAAAGUGCUUUAUAAAUCUGAGCUGGCAAAAACUGGAAUUGAAAAACAACUUCGACGUGAAGUAGAGAUACAGGGUCAUUUACGACAUCCAAAUAUAUUGCGUCUCUAUGGUUAUUUUCAUGAUAAAACACGAGUAUUCCUUAUACUUGAAUAUGCAGCAAAAGGAGAAUUAUUUACAGAAUUACAAAAUAGGGGAAGAUUUACAGAAUCGGAAGCAGCAAAUUAUGCAGCACAAAUGGUAAAUGCAUUAUUAUAUUUACAUCGUAAAAGAGUGAUCCAUCGUGAUAUUAAACCAGAAAACCUCAUGUUGGGACUAAACGGUGAGCUCAAGAUUGGUGACUUUGGUUGGUCUGUAAGAACUGGAAGGCUGGAUAAUCGAAGAAGCACAUUAUGCGGUACAUUAGAUUAUUUACCUCCUGAAAUGGUUGAAGGAAGAGCACACACUGAAAGUGUUGAUUUAUGGUCCCUAGGAGUACUAUUAUAUGAACUUAUUGUUGGUAGUCCUCCUUUUGAGGAUAAUAGCAAUAGUGAAUAUGAUGAAACAUAUGAACGCAUUCGAAAUGUUGAUAUUCAUUUUCCAAGACAUGUCAGUAAAGAUGCUGUUGAUCUGAUAACUAGGUUACUUAAAUAUAGCUCAGUAGAAAGGUUACCUUUAAUACAAGUUAUGCAUCAUCCAUUCAUUACAAAACAUACAUCUGCUAAAUAACCCUUCAUUUAUAUAUUAAACCGCAAAUUGCGUAGUUUAAAAUAAAAUCUUUCAUAUAACACUAAAAACAAUUUUUUUUUUUCG